AUGCCCCGGAGCUCGUUUGUCGACCUCACCACUCUCUCAUCAUCCCCAGCGACCAACGAUAGAGAUGAAAUCCGACGUUUAACUGGCUCAUAUUCCUCAAUGCCGAACCCUUCUUCCUUCCACGUCUCAGAGGACUCCCACGAUUCCAAACGACGAAGAUUAAACAGCGAUGCGGCAGCUGGUCCUUCAGCAUUGACGUCCAGUGCGCCACUUACUCCCCAGGAGGAUUAUGCUACUGAAACGCCUGACGUUGACGCAAUUGACCUAACGGACGUUAACGAUCCAUCUUCUCUCGCUCAUGCGCUAUCCAAACAACAGGAAGAUGCAGUCAAGGCACAGCAUUCAGCGAACGAUGAAACCGGUCGAUCUACCCUAACCUCGUACAAAUGCCCAGUCUGUAUGGAUACACCGGUGGAUGCUACAACUACUAUUUGUGACGCCCAUAUGAAACUGGUAAAGCGCCACGCGGGCACUGUCCAGUUUGCCGAAAAGUUCUUACCAGGGCCGACGGUCCCGGUCCCCGGCGGAAUUUAA